AAGUCUCAAAGUUUGGAAAGCAGAGCAGUGAGAUGUUCUGAAGGGAACAGACAGUGGGAGGUUCUGCCUGAGAGCUCCCCUGAGGUUUUCCAGCUGACCAGCCAGCCACAAUACACAGACCUGGCCUGUAAGAACUGAGUCACCAGCAUCAUGCUCCUACAGCUCAGUACCAAGGGGACUUUUGAGACCUUCCCCCCAAAGGUCACUGAUCUCCCUCCAAAAGAGAGAGCCGUAUACACUUACCUAAAAGAAGAUAAACUGAAGAAUGGUCUACAAAAGGAAGCCACAGUUCUUGGGACUAUCCAAAUCCUGUGUUGCUUGAUGAGUUCAAGUUUGGGGGCCAUUUUGGUUUCAACUUCCUACUCCUCCCACUUCGACCCAGAAUUUUUUACCACUCUGAUGACUGGAUACCCAUUUGUAGGAGCCCUGUGUUUUGCUGUUAGCGGAUUACUGUCAAUUAUCUCUGGAAAAAUAUCAGCCAAGCCCUUUGCCAUGAGCAGUCUUACUUCAAGUGCAGUGAGUUCUGCUGUUGCUGGAGCAGGCUUCUUCUUCCUUGCUUGCACUCUGGUAGCCCUGGGGACUACUCCUCGAAACUGUAGUUCAGAAAAGGAGGAUCUAUCUUCCUUGCCUUAUUUGGAGUACUACUAUUCAAUAUAUGAAGACAAGGACUGUCUCCGGGCUGGUGUCAGUAUAACAGGCAUUCUAGUGGUGAUGCUUGUCUUCACAGUGCUGGAGAUUUUGCUAGCUGUAUAUUCUUUUAUCUUUUGGUGGGAACAGGUCUACUCCAACAGCCCUAAGAGUGCGUUUUUCUUGCACCAGUCACAAGAUCAUGCCCAACAUGUCAAAAAGAGUUCUCCAAAGUCAUGGAUAUGAGCUAUUGUUGGCACCAGUGGAAAAAGAAGAAGCCCCAAUUCUCAUGGCAAAGUGUAAUUAGACUUUCCUAAAAUUUAUGCCAUU